CUUCCUUACUUACCAAGAACAAGAAACCACCGAAGCUAUAUAGUUUGCGCAUUCUGUGAUCGAAGAGCUACAAUGGAUUCUGUUGUAGACGAUGAGAAGAAACACGAUCAGGUUCUCGAAGAAACGACCAACAAAUUUGAAGAUGAAGGUGAUCAGGCUCUUCAAGAAACGAUCGACAAAUUUGAAGAUGACGGUGAUCAGUAUCCUCAAGAAUCGAUCAGGAUCAAGAAGCGACCACCACGGUGCCAUGAUGAUGAUGAGGGCGGGUGUGUUCAGGAGAAAAAGAAGCGAAUGAUGAAGAAGAUGAUGGAGAAGGCAAGGUGCCCAUCUCCCCAUGCAACGCCAGAGCUCCCUGUCAUCCUUAGGAAUCGGAUCAGGGCUCUGGGGGGUUCUGAUGUCACUUUUGUAAUCCAGAAGCCUCUCUUCAAGACUGAUGUGAGUUCCGGUCACAACCGUCUCUCCAUACCGUUGAACCAGGUACAACAAAGUUUCCUCACACCUGAAGAGAGCGAGAGGUUGAACUUGGGAGGAAACGGAAAAAAAUGUGCAGCUAUGGAAGUGAUGUUGAUUGAGCCCUCCCUUCAUCGGGAAACCAUCAGUCUGAGGAAGUGGAACAUGAAGAAAGCUUCCGGAAAUUCUACCUCAAUGUACGUGUUGGUGACUAAUUGGAAAUCGGUUACGGAAAGGAAUAGCAUGAAGGAAGAUGAAACGGUGCAGCUCUGGUCUUUUCGAAUCAAGUCCAAGUUGGGUUUCGCUCUUGUAAAGAGAAGACUACAAGAUGAUCCUAGGAAUCGUUCAUUAAGGGGCAUCCUGGAUAGCUGAUAUGGAUAUCAGGACAGAUAGGUUCCUACGACCUUCUCUCGCUGGUCUUGGACCACCACGCUCAGCGGGGCAAUCACCAGCUUCGUUUCCAGGACAUGGCUACAGAUAUUUUAGGUUCAGGACGGGGAAGGUAUUUAGUGGGUCCAAUUCAAUUUGGUCUAUGUUAUGCUACAGUCAUCCCCUGUAUUCUCGUUCUGAGGUUAUUUACUUGCUGUUAAGACCAAAUGGGAGCAUGCAGCAUUGCGAAUUUGUGAUUAUUUCAGGGUGCAAAUUCCGUCCUUCCACUCCUUAAGGCACAUUAACCUUGUCUCUCAAAUCCUCUGCCUCUCCUACACUGCUUCCCACUGCUGGUUCCAUAU